CUCAUCUCACCGGUGCGCACCAGGGCGCCCCAAUGCGCCGUUUUAUCUUGUAUGAAACUCUAUGGUUUCAUCCAACCAUGGAGGAAGGAAACUGCAUCCAACCAUCGUUGUCCCAGGGCACACCGGUACGAUUUGCCGAAUUCGCCGAAACCAGCCGAGCCACGCAUGGCCACGCCAAUCCAAAUCGUUCUCAGUCUCGGCCUUGGCGUCGCGUUGAAUCGUGGCAAUCGCGUGGGCACCGUUGGUAUCAUGCGUAAGCUAAGCUUUUAUUGCUCAUACUAAAUUAAGAAAGUUUGUCGCAAAGUUUAGAAGCUCUGACAUCAACACUAAGUGUUAUUUUGCGUUGAGCAGUACUAAUUGGAGAUGACGUUAAGCUGACUAUGAUAAAAACCUUGCGUUUUGGCUGUCGCGCCUUGUCUAGAGCUACUGACCGCUAGUUUUGCUCAGAGUCUCGCCGCCUUUUGUGUGUCGUGGGUACAGCGACACGUUGACUAGCUUAACGCAAUGAGAGCUGCAAAAGUGAUCCUCCUCGUCGUCUUAUGGCCAGCUGCAUUGUGCGACGAUUAUUACCAGCUCCUGGGUAUCGAACGUGACGCAGACAGCCGUGACAUACGACGAGCCUUCAAGAAGUUAGCUCUGAAGUUUCACCCAGAUAAGAACCAAGGUGAUCCCGAGGCACAUGACAAAUUUGUGAAUAUCAACAAGGCGUAUGAAGUGUUGAAGGACCCAGACGUUCGAAAGCGUUACGACACCUACGGAGAAGAAGGGUUGGACGGUGACCAGAACGGAUGGGGGCGACAGUAUCACAGCUGGAACUACUAUUACGAAAAGUUCGGCAUUUACGAUGACGAUCCCGAAGUGGUGACAUUGAGCAGAAACGACUUUCAAAGCUCAGUAAUUGAGUCGGAGGACGUCUGGUUUGUCAACUAUUAUUCUCCACAAUGUUCCCACUGCCACCACCUUGCUCCGGCCUGGCGUCAACUGGCCAGAAGUUUCGAAGGAGUUAUUAGGAUUGGCGCAGUAAAUUGCGAAGAAGAUUGGCAGUUGUGCAGGCAAGAAGGCAUACACUCUUUUCCGUCAUUGAUCUUCUAUCCAGAGAGGGAAAAGUACACUGGUUCUAGAGACUUGGAUGAUUUGAAAGAUUUUGUGUUGCGUCGGCUUCCGGACCUAGACGUUGAUAUAUCAGAGACUGGCCUCUUACAGGCUGAAGCCAGCUCACUGCUUAGAUCAGUGGUAGUUGCUUCAUGUACUAGUGCCGACACAUGUUUAGCAAAAGAAGAGCUCAAGAAGUUGGCUGUUGCACUUAAUGGCCUUGCUUAUGUCUCCCUGCUUGAUUGCAGCAAAGAAGCAACACUGUGCAAAAAGUUAAGAAUUAGUGAUGGAGUGUACUUUUUUGAAGCAGCAACCAGCCAGGUUAACAAACCUCAAGAAUUGGUGGGGAGUGAUGCCUCUGAAUUGCGGAGAGCCAUUCUGAAAGAGCUUCCUAGUUUUGAGCCAAUAACAUCCAAGCUCUUCAGUGGCCUGAUUCAGCAGCUAGAUGGCAGUGAUGAGUCAGAACCAUGGCUUCUGCAUUUCUCUAAGAGCAAACAGCCUGACACAGCUGCAGAGCUAGAGUUGAAACACAUAAGAGGUUACAUUCAGUCAGUGCGUCUCGGCUCUAUUGACUGCAGCCAGGAGGUAGAUGUCUGUGCGCAGUUUUCAGUGACAAAAUCUCCUUCCUUCAUCCUUUUGCGAUCAAGUGGUGAAUAUGAAGUGUAUCAUGGUCGUGUUAAUGCACGAGAUUUAGCUUCAUUUGCAAAGGAAAGCGCAGGAAGCCGCUUGCAGACUGUAACAACUGCAACCUUUCACAAAAAGGUGUCGCAGAGCAAAACCACAUGGUUGGUUGAUUUUUUUGCACCUUGGUGUCCACCAUGCAUGCGCACACUUCCUGAACUGCGAAAAGUGUCCCGCUCUUUUGAGGACAUAAUGUUUGGCGUUGUUGAUUGCACCUUAGAUGCUCCACUGUGCCAAAGCAAUGGGGUCAGCUCGUAUCCAAACCUUGUUUUAUUCCACAAUGGUUCAACCACAUCUCUGAGUGGCUACAGGACAGCUGCAGAAAUCAGGGAAUUCAUUGAAAUAUCGCUUGAUCCUAAAGUGAUAACACUCCACCCCGAAACAUUUAAAGAACUGGUAGAAGGCAAAAGCGAAGCUGAUGUUUGGGCCUUAGACUUUUUUGCACCUUGGUGUGGCCAUUGUAAGAAACUGGCACCAGAGUGGAACAAAUUUGCCAAGAUGGUGGCCGAUGAGCCAAACAUAAACGUUGGCCAACUUGACUGUGAUGCCCAUAGACAAUUCUGUGCUGAACAUGGUGUGCGCUCAUAUCCCCACCUUCGUAUCUAUCCUCGUGGACAUUUCAGCAGCCGCCACUACUCAACGUUCAAUGGCUGGUCAAGAGAUGCAGUAUCUUUCAAGGACUGGGCAUUGCAUUUUCUUCCUAGCAGUGUUGAAGAACUUGAUCAUCACCGUUUCUAUAAGGAUGUUCUUGGUGACACUGCACCAUGGCUUGUAGACUUCUAUGCUCCAUGGUGUGGCCACUGUGUGUCAUUCAGGCCUGUGUUUGAAGCAGUUGCAAAAAAGUUUGAAGGUAGAGUAAAAUUUGGUACUGUCAACUGUGAGGAGCACUGGCAUGCUUGUGAUGCAGCACAAGUGCAUCGUUAUCCCACUGUUAUGUUCUUUGUUGGUAUGACUACUAAGCUUCAGUCUGCAGUUGGCAGCAUAAUUCAUGACCAUAGAGAGGCUGAUUUGGUGAACACAUUGGAAUUAUUUCUCAAACAAAAAUCUAGGUCUAAAAGAAUUGAUGAUGAACUGUAGAAUGAAACCAUUUGCUUGCUGACAGGAGGUAUGCCCUCUCUAUGGUCAUGUAUAUAAUUGCACUGUUGCACACAAAUCUUGGUUCUUUAAGAAUGUUGGCUUUUGCUACAUGUCAAAGCAGCAGCAUGUGUUCUAAACGUUUUUGGCAACUGAUUGUACUUGAAGGAUUUGCCUAGUCAUUUUUGAAGCACACAGUGCAAGGAAAGGCAAAGAAGUGAUAUCUCAUUUUUAUGCUUGAAUGCCAGAAGUUCAGAGCAGAGUCUUACACCUAAGUUGCACAAGUAACUGGUUAAAUAGUGCAGUGCAUAACCCAUUCAGUCACAGUAUAGACGUUUGUGUAUGCAAAUUGUUUUUGCCAGUCCAUGCAGGGGUGCCAAGGAAAAAGCCACAAACAUUGAACUGCAUGUAAAUUGGACUCUUUCCUUGCCUAGUGUGGCUCAAUUUCACUUCAGUGUGCAGAGUGUUACCACACAUGACAACUUUACUAAGGCACUACCAUGUUAGAGAAAAAUUUAAGCAUUCUAUGUUCCGUGAGCAUUGGAAGAAGGAUUGUUUAUCCUUUCUUAUAAUGCCUGAAGCUGGCAAUUGUACACAAGUUUUAAGCACAUGAUUCAUUUCUUUUCAUAAAAAAAAAAAAACUGAAUUGAGAUUGGAUUAUGUAUACUCACUACAAAUUAAAUGAGUGAUUGUUCUGCUGCCUUAAAAGAUGCAAUUCACAGCAUUCAAAAUAGCUCCUGCCUCCUUUUCAUAACCUUGAGGAAGGAUCAUGAAUGAUGUUGAAAACAUCCACCUUUAAAAUAUAUAGUGUAGAACAUAAAUUUCAGAUAUAUCUGCCAAGUUUAUACAGCUCUCUUGUAAAAGAUAUUUGUACAAGCAGUUGGUAUCAAUGGUGGACAUGCUUGAGUAGCUGUUUCCUGUUCUACUAAGCAUCUCAAACUGCAUUUUUGUUCUUGUGCAACAGCUUCUGUUGCUAUCUUGCGUUCCUAUAUACUCUUGUGUUCAUGGUAUUUAGUUAUCAUAAGCCACACACCCAAUGAUUAUGGUAAAGGUGGAAACUGGAAAUUAAAUGAGCAUCUUUUACAUGAAUUGGAUAUCAAAAUAUUGUAGGUGAGCACUAGGAUUUUCUACUUUUUAAAUGAGCAAUCUAUACAUGGGGAGCUGCGUGCAUAAGUGCGCUUUGGCCUAUUGACAAGCCUUUUAAAAGAAGCUUAACAUAUGAAAGUCACCUUUUUCUUUUCUUUAUUAUAAGCAGUAUUAUAUAUGCUAAAUCGCCUGAUGGUUGCUAACAUUUUUGUGUGCAUUUUGUGAGGAAACCGGCCAAAUAUGGCUAAAUUUUAAGCCAGUAGCUGAUAAAUGAUGCAAAAGCUUCCCUGCUCAGAUAGCUAUGACCACUAGGUAAAGUGCUACUUGCGUACAAUUGUUUCAUGCUCUGUGGGCAUGGAUAUAGUCAGCCAAAAAAGUAUAUUUCAAAAGUUCAAUGACAAGUGUGCAUUUCUGCUCCAUUAUGGCUUGGCGUGCCUAAUUUAAUGGACCAGUGUGUAGGUCACAGAAAUUUCUAUAGGUUGAAAGUUUUAAUUUGAGGCUGUGUGCCAAGGCUUCGUGAGAAUUAAGCUUUCCGCAAAUCCUGGCUUGUAACCUUUUGUGGCUGACUAUACUAUUCAUUGUGUUGCCAGCAGCAACUUGCUUCCUGAUGGCUCUUCAGAUAUAGGUCCUUGCCAUUUCCUAUUGUUAAUGUGUUUUUCCGUCUUAACAUGAACGUCAUUUGUACUAACUUGUCAUUUUGCUCACUGGUAUACUUAUGUGUGCUCAAAUUUAUUUGAUGCGCCCCCCAGUCUUGUAUUUUAUUGGAGGUGCUUUUGCAUCAAACUGUACUGUGUUCAGGCAGCAAACCAAACCUUGCUUGUUCCUGUCAUAUUAAAGAAAGCACAUUAGUGUCUUUAUGGUCAUCUAUAUACUAUUGUAACAGCAUUGUGCAAUGCAUUUAUUUAGGAAGGGUUCUUUAUUUUCUCACUUCUAGAAGGGGGGUGAUGCUAGAAGGUCCACAGCCACAAAAGUUCACAGAACAGGAGCUUGACAAAACUUGUGUUACAGCAUGAGACAAGGAAUGCAACGCUGCACUUGUGUAACUACCAUGACACACCUCACCGCUCUGGGCUAUGCAUCUUGGCAGUAAGGAAACUUGGUUCAUACACAGCUCCAACAUGCCGUAAAGAGUCCACAUUUUAUUUCGGCUUAGCUAUCUAUAGUCAGUGCCAGGUCCAGAACACCGCUGCAAGUGUCCCGAGGAUGUAGCAAAUGGCGCAACCUAUUGCAACCCCCUCCUUAUCCUUUGUAUCUACAUCCCUGCCUUCGCUCGAUAAGCCCUUUUGGGGGAGCUUUUUGUUUAUCAGGCAUGAGUGAUGUGUCUUUGAAGGAUCAGUUUGUCCAGUUAUCCUUUCUUGGUACAUCUGCACAGGUACACAUCCACACACAAAGCAGGUGUGUGUACAUGCAUGUAGGGGAGGAUACUUCCAAGACCCUUUUCAGAUGGCUUUUUUGUGCUUCACACCCAGACUUGAAGGUUUUGGUUGUUCAUGUGUGUAGUGCGGGAUCAACGCAUGCAAGGGAACAAAUUUCUACACUCUUAAAAGAGUUGCACCCUUUGGGGUGUAUAUUUGUUGCACAACAAUCGUCAUCUGCCUUGCUUGUGUUUCCUUUCUUGAAAACAUGGGGCUCGCUACUUUCCUAUGAAUGCUAUGUUGUGCUGAUAAUGGGCAUGCUGCUCACAACUUCAAAGUACUGGGCUUGCAGCUUUAAAGAAAGGAAAUGCGGGCAAGACAUGAUUAUUACUGCGGGGCAAAAUACGCCCCAAAGGGUGCAAACUUUUUAAGAGUGUAGGAAGCACAUGCUUUUUUGGAAGGAGCCUCUCCUGCUUUCUUGACUUGUUGCCAACUAUAAUGACCACUGCUCUUGUCAUUCUUUUGUGUUUGUACUGUCAUGGCUUUAAAUGUUCAGUUAUACAUUUUAUGCAGAUGUAAUUAUUUUGCACGUUUUUUAUGCACUACAUAAUUACUAAUCUUGCUGUUUUACACUGAUGCUGCUGAUGCUUCAUACUCUGCUGGUUUACACUGAUGCUUAUAAGAAUUUUUUACACCAGUUUACAUGUAUCCUGUUUACGCAUUAUUUUGCAUUUAUAAUUGCUGACAUAUGGACUACAAUUCAAGACAUGAACUAUAAGUGAGAAUAAAUUCUUGUGAAUGUCA